AUGGGCAUCGCUUCUGUGGUUCAUCUGUAUGUGUUCCCUGCAAAGCCGUAUGAGCUGAUGGAAGACUAUUUCCCUGGAAGUGUUUCAGUUCUUGGAGACUAUAUUGGUGAAUAUCCAGUUGAUCCUGAAGAGGUUAGAGACAGUGAGCGUCCUACAAAAUUGCGCCUUCCCCAACCUGAAGUUAAUGUUAGGAGUGGAAUGACCAUCAAAGAAAGCGUUAAGGACGUUUUUGUUGGUGCUGGUGAAUUUAUUGUGAAUGAUGUGAAGUUUACUGUGACACAAGCUGUAGAGCCCAUGGAGAAGGGAAUUUCACAUAUAAAUAAGAAACUGCAUAAGAUCUCUCAGAACAUGAAGAAGCAUGAAAAAGAGAGGAGGACUAAGGACGACAGCUGUAUUGAUUCUCCAUCUCGUAGAGUAAUUCGUGGAAUAGAUGAUCCCCUCUUAAAUGGUAGUAUUAGUGAUACUGGGAGUGUUCGGAAGAAGAAGCACCGUCGAAAAUCUGGAUACACCAGUGCAGAAAGCGGUGGUGAGAGUAGCAGUGAUCUUAGUUUUGGUGAUUAUCAGAUCCGAGGCAGGAGGUGGGUUACCAAAGACUAA